AUGCGAAAAUAUGUUACCGCAGGCUGCUUCUUCACUGUGUCGCAUGAGCUGCACCGCUUGAACACGGCUUCUGUGACUGCAUGUCUUGCUCUGACGCGCGGGAUCGGAUCGUCGGAUCGCAGCCGGGAGUCCUCGGGCAACGUCGUCGGAGGUCACGAGGUCAUGGAGGCAUCUGCGGCCCUGGCGGGGCCCAAGAUGCCGAAGGCUCGUCGCUCGGUCCCGAUUGUUCUCGCCUUUCUGGCCUCUGCAGCGGCAGCUACCUACUGGGCACCGGUCUGGGUUGGCUCGGCUUCACGACAGCCACGCAGGACAGAUCUCGUUACGUGCCAUUCCACUCAGCACGUCUCGCUCCCGAACCCGCAAAACAUCGAGGCACGGCGGAACUAUCCCGAGUAUAAGUUCGAUGAGGACGGCGGCAUGUAUGACAUCAUCAAAUAUCCUUUGCUGACGGCAAAGGCAUGCCGCUUGCUUGAAGAGUACAACAUCUACACCUUCAUGGUGGAUCGGAAGGCCAACAAGCCACAGAUUCGUGCUGCCAUUGAGACGAUUUUUGGCGUUAAGGUGAUCAAAUGCAACACAUUGAUACCUUCUUCCAGGUACCAAAUUGCGUAUGGCAUGAAAAUUGGCAGAAAAUCUCUCUUCAAGAAGGCGUAUGUGCAGGUCAAGGAGGGGGAUUCGAUCGACCUCUUCCCAGAUGACCCGGAAGCAGUCUGA